ACGGUGAAUUUCGUCCCCUGUUUUUUUCACAACUUAAGUUCUUAUGAUUCACAUUACCUCAUAAAACAGCUUGGAAACACAGACAAAAGGAUUUCCGUUAUACCGAACACAGAAGAACAGUUUAUUUCAUUUUCAAAAUAUGUUACAAACACUUUUUCUGUACGGUUCGUCGACAGCUUUCGGUUUAUGGGAUCAAGUUUGGCUGCCCUGACUACCAAUUUACGAAAAUGUGACAUGGGGUUAUUCAAGGAAACAACCAAGACAUUUGCCGGAUGUGAUUUGAGCCUGGUUACUCAAAAAUCUUUUUACCCAUACUCUUACACGUGUGACUGGGAUAGGUUAGAAGAAACAAAGCUUCCGCCUAAAGACGCAUUCUUUAACGAGCUAACCGAAUCGCAUAUAGGUCAAAACGAUUACGACCAUGCUGUGAGAGUGUGGGAUUAUUUCAAAUGCAAAACUUUGGGAGAAUACUCAGACAUUUAUUUAAAAAUUGAUACUGUAAUUUUAUGCGACGUUUUUGAAGCUUUCCGUGACUUAUGCAUGAGAACGUACAAAUUGGACCCCUGUCAUUACUACACUGCCCCUGGACUCAGCUUUCAGUCAAUGCUGAUGUACACAGGUAUAGAGCUGGAGCUUCUAAGUGAUUAUGAGAUGAUGUUAUUUUUUGAACGAGGUAUUCGGGGAGGAAUGACAUUCUCGACUAUGAAAUAUGCUAAGGCUAACAACCGAAAGACGCCUGGAUACGAUCCGAAUAAACCUGACAGCUGGAUUCUUUAUCAAGAUGUCAACAAUUUAUACGGAUGGAGCCUUUCCCAGAAUAUGCCCCACUCUGGAUUUCAAUGGUUGGAUGAGGACCCCGAGACAUCCCUUAGGAGACUUGAAGAUUUGGAUGAAAAAUCUCCAACAGGGCUGGUAUUUGAAGUGGAUAUAACAUACCCAAAACAUCUACACGAUGAGCAUAACGAGCUUCCCUUCUUACCAGAAACCAAAUGCCCGCCGGGGUCAAAAAUAAAAAAACUGCUCACAACGUUUGACAAAAAGACUAAUUACGUUGUCCACUACCUAAACCUUAAACAAGCGAUCGCCAACGGACUGCGUGUCGAAAAGGUACACAGAGUGUUAAAAUUCAAUCAAUCGGCUUGGCUGGCACCAUAUAUAGAAUUGAAUACGAAGUUGAGACAAAAAGCAUCCAAUGACUUUGAAAAAGACUUUUUCAAACUUAUGAAUAACUCCGUAUUUGGUGAGUAA